CCGGCCCCGCGGCCCGAACGCGCCCACCUGAGCCCCUGUGCCGGCGCCAUGGCGGAGCAGGAGAGCCUGGAGUUCGGCAAGGCGGACUUCGUGCUGAUGGACACAGUCUCCAUGCCCGAGUUCAUGGCCAACCUCAAACUCAGAUUCGAGAAAGGGCGCAUCUACACAUUCAUUGGAGAAGUCGUCGUUUCUGUGAAUCCUUACAAGGUGCUGAACAUCUAUGGAAGAGACACAAUUGAGCAGUACAAAGGACGUGAGCUGUAUGAGAGGCCCCCUCAUCUGUUUGCCAUUGCGGAUGCUGCUUACAAGGCUAUGAAGAGGCGAUCCAAAGACACUUGUAUUGUGAUAUCAGGGGAAAGUGGAGCUGGUAAAACAGAAGCCAGUAAGUACAUUAUGCAAUAUAUCGCGGCCAUCACCAACCCAGGUCAGAGAGCAGAGGUUGGAAGAGUAACAAAUAUGUUGCUUAAGUCCAACUGUGUUUUGGAAGCUUUUGGAAAUGCCAAAACCAACCGCAAUGACAACUCAAGCAGGUUCGGGAAAUACAUGGAUAUCAACUUUGAUUUCAAGGGGGACCCUAUUGGUGGACACAUCAAUAACUACUUACUGGAGAAGUCUCGAGUGAUUGUGCAGCAGCCAGGAGAAAGAAGCUUUCAUUCUUUCUAUCAGCUACUCCAAGGCGGUUCAGAGCAGAUACUGCGUUCUCUGCAUCUACAGAAAUCACUUUCAUCCUACAACUACAUCCGUGUGGGAGCUCAAUUAAAGUCUUCAAUCAAUGAUGCUGCAGAAUUCAAAGUAGUAGCUGAUGCCAUGAAAGUCAUUGGCUUCAAACCUGAGGAGAUUCAAACAGUGUAUAAAAUUUUGGCUACUAUUCUUCACUUGGGAAAUUUAAAAUUUGUGGUAGAUGGUGACACACCUCUUAUUGAGAACAGCAAGGUUGUGUCUGUCAUAGCAGAAUUGCUCUCUACUAAGACGGACAUGGUUGAGAAAGCCCUUCUUUACCGGACGGUGGCCACAGGCCGUGAUAUCAUCGACAAGCAGCAUACGGAACAGGAAGCAAGCUACGGCAGGGACGCCUUCGCCAAGGCCAUAUAUGAGCGCCUUUUCUGUUGGAUUGUCACUCGCAUCAAUGACAUUAUCGACAUCAAGAACUAUGACACAACAAUCCACGGGAAAAACACUGUUAUUGGUGUCUUGGAUAUCUAUGGCUUUGAAAUCUUUGACAACAACAGCUUUGAACAAUUCUGUAUUAAUUACUGCAAUGAGAAACUGCAGCAGCUAUUUAUCCAGCUGGUUCUGAAACAAGAACAGGAGGAAUACCAGCGCGAAGGGAUCCCUUGGAAACACAUUGACUACUUCAACAAUCAGAUCAUUGUGGACCUUGUGGAGCAGCAGCACAAAGGAAUCAUUGCCAUCCUGGAUGACGCUUGCAUGAACGUUGGCAAAGUCACCGAUGAAAUGUUCCUUGAAGCACUGAACAGUAAAUUGGGCAAACAUGGUCAUUUUUCCAGCCGAAAGCUCUGUGCCUCAGACAAAAUUCUGGAGUUUGAUCGAGACUUUCGAAUCCGACAUUAUGCGGGGGAUGUAGUUUAUUCUGUCAUUGGUUUUAUUGACAAAAAUAAAGACACUUUAUUUCAAGAUUUCAAGCGCCUUAUGUAUAACAGUUCAAAUCCUGUGUUGAAGAAUAUGUGGCCUGAAGGCAAACUGAGCAUUACAGAGGUGACCAAGCGACCUCUGACUGCGGCUACUCUGUUUAAAAAUUCCAUGAUUGCUUUAGUAGACAACCUUGCAUCAAAGGAACCAUACUAUGUACGUUGCAUCAAACCCAAUGACAAGAAGUCACCACAGAUAUUUGAUGAGGAACGCUGCCGGCAUCAAGUGGAGUAUCUCGGGCUCCUGGAAAAUGUGCGAGUGCGUCGGGCUGGAUUUGCCUUCCGCCAGACUUACGAGAAAUUUCUUCACAGGUAUAAGAUGAUCUCUGAAUUCACCUGGCCCAACCAUGACCUUCCUUCAGACAAAGAGGCUGUCAAGAAACUGAUUGAACAAUAUGGUUUUCAGGACGAUGUUGCUUAUGGGAAGACCAAAAUUUUCAUUCGAACACCCCGAACGUUGUUUACCUUAGAAGAAAAACGUGCCCAGAUGCUUGUAAGGAUUGUCCUCUUUCUACAAAAGGUGUGGCGGGGCACCCUGGCCCGUAUGCGGUACAAGAGAACCAGGGCCGCUCUGACGAUAAUCAGGUACUACCGGCGCUACAAAGUGAAAUCCUACAUCCAUGAGGUGGCCCGGCGCUUCCAGGGGGUCAGGACCAUGAGGGACUACGGGAAGCAUGUGACGUGGCCAGUCCCUCCUAAGGUUCUUCACCAUGUCCAGGAGUUCCUGCAGUCAAUUUUUAAUAGGUGGAGAGCAUACCAGCUCAUCAAGAGCAUUUCAGCUUCGGACCUGCCCCAAGUCAGGGCAAAGGUUGCCGCCAUGGAAAUGUUGAAAGGUCAAAGGGCUGACCUUGGGCUCCAGAGAGCCUGGGAAGGCAACUACCUUGCUUCAAAGCCAGAUAUGCCUCAGACCUCAGGCACUUUUGUCCCUGUGGCAAAUGAACUGAAACGGAAGGACAAGUACAUGAACGUCCUCUUCUCUUGUCACGUCCGUAAGGUGAAUCGAUUUAGUAAAGUAGAAGACCGAGCGAUCUUUGUCACUGACCGUCACCUGUAUAAAAUGGAUCCCACUAAACAGUACAAGGUGAUGAAGACUAUCCCUCUAUACAACUUAACUGGCCUGAGCGUCUCCAAUGGAAAGGACCAACUUGUAGUGUUCCAUACCAAAGACAACAAGGACCUCAUUGUCUGCCUCUUCAGCAAGCAGCCAACCCAUGAGAGUCGAAUUGGAGAACUAGUCGGAGUGCUGGUGAAUCAUUUCAAGAGUGAGAAGCGCCACCUUCAAGUGAACGUCGCCCACCCAGUACAGUGCAGCCUGCACGGGAAAAAGUGCACGGUCUCCGUGGAGACUCGGCUCAACCAGCCGGAGCCUGACUUCACCAAGAACCGCUCUGGCUUCAUCCUCAGUGUGCCUGGGAACUGAGGCCACCAUGGAGGCCUGGCCUGGAGCCUGCAGCCUGGGCCCCAUCUGACUACAGCCACCCAUUUGUCUCACCAGAGAGCAUCUGGAGCCUCUUCUCUGAGACCCUUGUGCCGUGAGGUCUCUUCCCAGCUUUCUGCCUUUGGUAUCCACCUUCCUCUGUUCUGACUUUCUAUGGUCUCUGCUCAAAACUACAAAGACCCUGGUGCCCUAUCCGCCCUGGGCUCACAGCCAGACCACACUUCACCAUGGAGGCAGCUUCACAGUGCCUUUGGUUGGUGCAGGUGUCCAACAGAUGACCAGGUCAAGUCCACCUGCCUUACGCCAGUGAUCGGCUGCCGGCCCUGCAAAUGGACAGGCAAGAGGAGCCCAGGACGCAGCUUCCCAGCCAAAGAUGUGCUCCCCUUGGAGUGUUGGGGAGACCUGGUGGACAUGAGCUAGGGGUACAGCCCUGCACUCUCUAUGCCCCUACCUGCUGCCCCUUCCCUCCAGGGUGACACAGCUCUCAGGACUGGGCUCAAGGAGGCUCAUCUCAUAGCUCAGCAGACUCCCCCAUCACAUCCCCAGCAGCCAGCCAAAGCCACCAGGUAGACAGGGACACCUGCAAAACCCAGCCCUUCAGCCAGGAGCCACACCCAGCCAGGAGGCCAGCAUCCCCAGCCUGCCCUUCCCCACAGCUCGAGAGAGAACAGCGCGCCCAUACCCAGAGACCAUCUCACUUAACCCACAGUCCCUGGCCGAGGCCAUCUUACACCUAUCUUUGCAGUUUGCAGGGCUGCUAAUCAGAGCUGCUGUCACCACACUGUGUCAAGAAUCCUAAUAAGAAGAUGAGCUGCUGGGGUGAGGGGAGCUGGCAGCGCUGGCGCCUUCUCUUUCUGAUACCACUCACUGCAUUUCUCCUGCUCUGGAGAACUAGGACAGGGUAAGGGCUGGAGCACAUAGGAGUGACAGUGUGGGGUCCUGGCACUGCAGGCCAGGCCAGGAUGCCGCCCCCACAUCCCACACAGCCCCCUCCAGGUCCCCAGGCCCACAGACCCCAUGCCAGGAGUUUCUGCUAGCACAAAGCACACGUACUCCAGAGGCCCUGCUGAGCCCACCCUCCUCCCCAGCCCCAGCUGCAAGGAUGCUGUGGGCAUCCCAGCCCUCCUGACGGGAGCCUAGAAGGAAGAGAGGCUCAAAACAAACCCCAUGAUGUGAGGGGGAUGGGGGUGAGCCCACGCUUCAGGAGAGGGCAGGGGUGUGAAAGAGGGCAUACUGAAGUUCUCUUCCCUUUCUGCCUCAAUUCUACCCCCACUCCAUCCAGUGUUCCUGCCCUGCCCGCUGACCGGGCAGACCCCAGUAGCUGUGUGUGGGUCCUGCACCUCACCCUGAGCCCAGUCUCAUGCCCACCCUCCACCCCUGCUUCCCAGGGCUUUCAGACAUUUGCACUGUGUGCAAUUUGCAACAAAGAAUCUGGCUGGCACCCUGUCCUUGGGAGCCCUGUCUGCAGGCGCAGAGGUGCCACUAGCCUGGUCUAGCAAUGCUCAUGUCUUUGCCAAUUACCAGUAGACACUAGUGAGACCAUCUAACUGGAACUUCACCUCUUUUUCACAUAUUUCCCCAAACUUGUUGCUUUACACUAGACACAUGCAAAUGUAUGUUUGAAACACACCAAAACAGAUCAUGCCAAAUGAGGUGCCUGUUGGAGGCUAGAGAGGAGAGGGUUUGGGUUUGGAAUCCUCCCUAGCCCUUUGGAUAUUGCCUUAGGCCCUUACCCCAGCGCCAAGGCCUCCCAGCAGAGGCCACAGGCCAAGCACUUUUUUAUAACGUACUAAAAGAAGCCACAGUGUGUGGCAACUGAAAAGGGAUCAGGAAUCUAGGGAGUGAUCAUGGCAAUGGGUCCAGGGUGCUGAGGAAGAGGACAUGGUGAUUGUAUGCAAUGAAGUGUUUUCUUGAUUUAAUUAAAUGAGAUUUUAUGGUUUGGUGCAUAUAUUCCUAUUUUCCAUUAAAUUAACUUUAUUUCUAAAGCAUAUUUUGAUUUACCAUCAAGAGCAAUAAAGCAUUAAAUCUUA